AUGGAUGAGGAUAGUAUCGUGAAAUUAGUUGUGGAUACGUUUUCAUACCCAGAAAUUAGUGUUGCAAAGCAACUGCUAUUUGCAUCAAUUAACACAACCGUGAGAAACAUCUCGCGGCGUAAAGAAAAAGAGCACAAAGAUGUGGAAGAUAUUAUUUGCGCUUUCAAAAAUACGGAGCCGGAUAAUACGCCUAUUUUUGCAGCAAGAGAUUUAAGCAAAUUGCCGCCAGUAACUUUCGAUCACAUUGACGUAACAAGGUUGCUAAAAGAUGUUGUUUUGAUGAAAUCGGACAUUAACUUUAUAAAGGAAACAUAUGCAACUGUUCAGGAGUUAAAUCAUCUGAAAAAUCAUUUAAAUCAAUCAUUGGCAAGUGUGGACAAUGUAAAUAAAAGGCGCGGGGCAUACUUAUUGGAUAGUGGACCUUCUGGCAUAUUAAAUCUUUCAAAUAUGUCUGUUGCGAGUAGUUCUCCGAUGCAAGUCAAUGAUAGUCAAACACAUGAUCAGACAAACGAACACCGGUCUCAUUCACUCACACAAGACGUAAGCGCUCAAUGUGAGGACGGUGUCCCUUUCACUCGUUGCGGUCGAUCAGACGAUAAGAGCACUUCGCGCGCGGGUACAGAGAAACUUGCAUUCAGCAGAAAUACGUUACGUAAUGACUCAUCACAACAAUGCAAUACACAGCCGGUGAACAUAGACGCGCGCGCCUUAGCGGAUGUUAGCCCGACCGCACACUCAAUAAACUUGGUUACAGGUAAGACUGUGGCUGAGGUAGUGAGGUCGGAAGGUGAAUGGAAGCAGGAUGAACCAAAUCAGGAAUGGACUGAGGUCCAAAGAAAAAGAUAUCGGAAUAGAAAGGAGGGUGUUAGAGGGAAAGCGGCUAUCCAGGUUAAUGACAAGUUUAGGCCUGCUGAUUUAAAGAUUCCGUUAUUUGUGUCUAACGUUCAUAAGGAUACGUUAGAAAAAGACAUUGUGGAGUACAUAUUUCUUAAAACUAAUGAGAAUGUAAUAAUACAAAAAAUAAAAAUGAAGACUGAGAGGGGCUAUAGUGCUUAUAAAAUAAUGGUAACACGACACAAGUUGCACAUCUUUCUCAACGAUGAAAUCUGGCCUGACGGGGUAACUUGUCGUCGAUUUAUGCCGUACAGAAAUCGAGAUCUAAAUAUUGAUAAGAACAGAAACAUCCCUGAUUUGUAA